GAACAGAAAAAAAAACCGGAACGCCCCAAAUUCCAAAAUAUACUAACGCGUGGCAGAGGAUAGACAGCUGCUGUCACAUAUGGAGUAAAAAGACAUGUUGCGCCUGUAAAAACCGAACAAAAUCGACUAGGAUUCAAUUAAAAGGCGACCUGAAGCCUUUCGUUGAGACUCUGAUAGGAUGGGCGAACCGAAAGCCAGCUCCGAGCCUGAGGAAGAGCAGGCCUUUAACUGCGAGGACGAGGCUAACGCAAUCAUCAACGAUGUGAAGGCACACGUCGCGGAGAUCUGCGUAUCCUCCAAGCUGGCGAGCGAUGCCACCCAGAUCUACCUUAACAUCCGCACCAUAGAGAGCGCCACCUGCUGCGUUCAGGUGACCAGUCGUGGCUUCAAGAUUGUCUCCUCCCAAUACGACACCAUAGACGAGGAUCCGCGGAUCUCGGUACUACUCCACGACAGGCAGGAGCAGGAGAAGGCCGAAGAGAAGGAGGAGAUAUUUGAAACGCCCUACGCGCUUUUGGACAAGAUCAGCCCGCGCUACGUGGAGUCAUUCGGUAACCAGCUGUGCCAGCAGCUCAGACAGUUGCAGCAGAUGAGAACAGAGUUCCACGAGGAAGACGAGGAGGAGGAAGAGGAGUGAUGGCGACCCGAAGACUCCAGAUCCCAGCCCAGGCUGUUUACUCUUUAGACAGAAGAUUUUAAUGUUAGUUUAAUUGAAUGUUUACUCGUAAUGGCAGAGCUACAGCUCCGAUUUCCUAAUAUUUAUGUGUGUAUGUGCCGCAAAAGUAUUCCCGCGUGAGAUGGUUAUGCAGCCCUCACUUCACACACCCUAUCCUUGCUUGGCAAACGGAUACCGCUCCAGAUUCGUUCUAGACCUUAAGGCGUUUCAAAAAUAAAGAUUGUGAUUGCAACUCCA